GUCAUUGAGCUUAGUUGCCGGUACACAACACUUAUGUCAUGUAAUAUUUAUGAGAAGAUGAAACCUGUACAACAAGUCGACGACAAACUACUCACCUGCUCCACGGUUUAUUUCGAAUUUCUGUAUCGAACAACGUAAAAGACUUAAUUAAGUAGGUUAAACAUAUGGUGAAAUUUAUGAAUGAUUCUCGGUCAAGGAGUUUCAACCAAUCUCCGUCAUUUGGCACCGUUAAUAUGAAAGUAAAAAAUAUUUCUUCAAUCACUUUUGUCGUCUUCGCACAGAUCAAAUCGCAGUAGUCAAUGUAUACCAUUGUUUGAAUCAACUCUAAUAUCAAUCAUAUGAUACAUACUGGAUUUGAUUUUUCUCUUAAAAUUAUUCUUGCUUAGUGGAUACAUCAUAUGUAAACAAGUAGAUUAGGCAAUUGUACACUUUCUAUUUGAUCUAUUAAAAAUGGAAAGUUUUUCCGAAAUGCGAGAAAGUGCAGAAAAAAUGUUUUACAAAUCAUUUACAAUUGAGGGUAAUCAAAAUUACAAGCUCCCUUUACCUGAGUCUAUGUUUGUAAAAAAACCUUGGAUUAUUGAAGAAUUGCAAAAUUUAAAGACUCUCCUCAAUGAAGUUAAAUCAAAAUUAAAUUGCUAUCCAUUAUCCAAGUGGCAUAAACACACUACAAACAGAAAUAAAGCCAAAGAUAUAGAAUGGCGAUUACGCAAAGAAUAUGAUCCAGAAUUAUUAACCCAAGCCUGGUGUAAAUUUCAUGAAAUAAUAUCAAAGUAUCCACUGAUUUCAAAAGACUUAAUUAUUGAAAAUAACUAUGAAUUUUCAAGUUUGCAUUUGUGUGAAGCUCCUGGUGCUUUCAUUACUUGUUUGAAUCAUUGGUUAAAAACAAAUUUAUUAGCAACGCGUUGGAACUGGCUUGCCACAACGCUGAAUCCUUAUUAUGAAGGAAAUAAGCAUUGCAAUAUGAUAAGUGAUGAUCGUUUAAUUAGACAUACUCUGGAUAAUUGGUUUUUUGGAGAAGAUUACACAGGAAAUUUGUUAUCUUGUGAAAAUUUAGAAGCACUGUUAAAGAUAUAUGAAUCAAAAGGCAAAGUUAGUGUAGUUACCGCUGAUGGAAGCAUUAAUUGUACAAAUGAUCCAAGCGAACAAGAACUAAUUGUAUCCCCUUUACAUUAUUGUGAAGUGGUGGCUGCUUUACAUGUUUUACAAACUAAAGGGAACUUUUUAUUAAAAAUUUUCACAAUAUUUGAACACCAAUCCAUCUGCUUGAUAUACUUUUUAUCUUGUUCGUUUCAAACUAUUCAUUUUUAUAAACCUGUCACCAGUAAAGAAGGUAACUCAGAAGUUUAUGUGAUAUGUCUUGGAUUUAAAGGUUUUGAAUUUAUUCUACCACAUCUAAAAAUACUCAAACAACAAUAUGGGAAAACAUGUUCUUUGCCCAUGUUUGAUAAAAAAGACAUUCCAGAACAUUUUAUUAAACAAGUAAUUUCAUGUGCUUCACUAUUUAAAAAGUUUCAAUGUGAAGUCAUAGAAAAUAACAUAAAAGCUUAUGAAUCAAAUACAGGAUUGAACUAUUAUAGUAUUAAAACAAUAGCUAAAAUUGUAGCAGACAAAUACAUGAUAAAUUUUCCAAUAACAAAAUUACAUGAAGCUUUGCAAGUAGUUGGUAAUACAGAAUUAAAGAAAUGGAAAAGUCUUUUCUGGGUAACUCAAGUAACAGAAUCAUAUAAUGAAAUAUUAUAUAAAAGAAGUUUAAGUCCAAUUAAGCUAUUGUUUUAUCAAGCAGAAAAAAUCCCCAAAUUGUCAAACUUUGAUACAAUUUCAGAGAAUUUAAAUUUUAGUUUCAAGGGAUUUCAUUGUAAUUUCAUUAUAAAGGAAGGAAAACAAUUUACUAAUAUCUUAAGUUCAAGAUUUUGCACUGUGCAGGUUGCUGAAAUUUUUGAAAUUUUAUUCAAAAUUGCUAAUGAAGAAAAAGAAAUAGUUUUACCAAAUGCAAAAAGUCUUUCAAGAUUCGUAAAUGAGAUGCAAUUAGACAAACAAUAUAAAUUAGUUUAUUUUGAAUUUACAAAAAUGUAUGCUAAUAAUGAUGUAAUGAGUAAGCUUAUUAACAUUUUUUGUACAUUGAAUGUGGGAGAUAACUUGGCAUUUUUCGGAUUUUUGUUACUUACACAAUUGAAUGUGGGUAUUUUGUUUUUACUCUCUGACACAUUUGAAGAUGUAGAAUUUGGUGUAAAUGAGCAGAUAGGAUUUUAUAUUUUAUUCAAAAACUUGACGAAAAAUGAUUAUGUUUUAAAAAAUAUUCAAGAUAUUAAAGAAAAAUUGCAAGUUAUGGAUAUAAAAAACAAAACAGUAUUGUCAAUUGUGCCUAUAACACAAAUUUAUGAUUCAGAAAUAUAUGAAUAUAUAGAAAAAAUCAACACCUGGAUAGCAAAGUUUUGCAUUGAUUACAUUGCAUCUUUAAAUAAUAAGCUAUUUGAAUGUACAGAAACCGAAGUAGUUAAUACUCAAUAACAAUGAUAAUUAUAAAAUGUGAUAAGAGAUUUGAGAGUUAUCUCUUACAUUUUAAGUAGAAGUCUGUUAUUAUAUAAUGAAUUAUAUAUUAAUGAUAUUUUUUAAUGUUUUAAAUCGAGAUUAUGUUGGAAAUUGUUGGUGAUACAAAGAAAAUCAUUUACGAUUUCCGAAAGUAAUCAAUUCAAAUAACAACUACUAGGCUAAUUUUUUAGUGUUUUUUCGGACAAUUCUUUUUACGAAAACGAAUAUUAGAUUCAAAUCUGCUGAAAUAUCUUAUAUUUUUGUUAAUAUAUUUAUGUUAUUAAUGGCCCGUUAAAUAUUGUAUUUCUGAUUGGUUUGUGUCGGUUAAAGAUAAGAUCGUGAGAUGCAUUGACGCUGUUAUAAUAAAAGUAUUAAGCAUACUUCGUUGGUUG